CCACCAUAUCAUCAAUGCAUCAAGUGCCCAUUGCCAAUACAAAUCCUACCAUUUCUACUCCUUUCCAAAAGAACCAGAGCCUUCAUUUACCAAAACUAAAAUCAUGAUGAAAAAGCAAUGUCUCUUGUCCUUCUCACUAGCACUGCUAGUUUCAUUUUUGUAUUUCACCACCACUUUAGCCCAAUUAUCACCAGCUUCUGCCCCUCAAAAACCAGCCCAACAUACCCCUACAGCACCAGCUGCAGCUCCUAAACCAUUGGUUCCCUCAUUGCCACAGUCACCAAGUGAUUCAACCCCUGACAGUACUCCAGCUGUUGACAUUGUUGGAAUCCUGAGGCAGGCAAAGUCAUUCAACAUCCUAAUCCGCCUCAUGAAAACCACCCAAUUGAUCAACCAACUCAAUGCACAGCUCCUCACUACUAAAUCAGGCGGCAUUACCAUUCUUGCACCCGAUGACAGUUCCUUCUCAGAACUCAAAGCAGGCUUCCUCAACUCUCUUUCUGAUGGACAGAAGCUCGAGCUCUUACAGUUCCAUGUUCUUUCAGACUACGUGUCUAGCUCCAAUUUUGAUACUCUGACGAAUCCAGUGAGAACACUUGCAGGGGCUAAGCCAGGAAAGGUGGAACUGAAUGUGAUAAGUUAUGGUGGGAGUGUGAACAUCUCAACAGGUGAGGUUAACACCACCAUCACUGGCAUUGUAUAUACUGAUAAGCAUCUUGCUAUAUAUAAGGUGGGGAAGGUGCUUCUUCCUAUGGAUUUCUUUGCUGUGGCCAAGGCACCAGCAAAGGCACCUUCUCUGGCACCAGAACCUUCAGCAAAGGCUCCUAAAGCUGAUAAGGAUCCAUUAUCCCCAGAUACCUCAGAAUCUUCUCAAACUAAUCCCACAACCGAGAACUCUGGCACAGUGAAAAUCAAUGUGCAUGGAAAGUGGGUAUCCCUUGUUUUUGGAAUAAUUCUCAUGACUGUAUUCUCAUCAUAAACCAUUGCAUACCAUGUAGUUAAUAUUCAAGAGUGUUAUGAUUGUGAGAAAGGAGUGAGUACUGAGUGCUUUAGUGGUGAGUUUAUCAGAGUGGAUUAGGGAUAUGAGAUUGUUGUAUCCCUCUAUGAAUUUAUUCUGAGGUAUGCUAUAUAUGAUUGCUUCAUAUAUUUUUUAUGCACACUUCCACGGUGGUUGGUUCAA